AUGCCGUACGCCGACAUCAGCAAGCCCCCUGCACCUCUACCUCAAACACAGCUCGACACAGUGUCUGAUGGUGUAUCACUGCUGUUGCCAUUAUCACGAAGAGGUGUUGGUCCUGGACUAGUCAUCCUUGUCCCCUCCAUCGAGAAAGCCCUCGCCAUCGAGGAUGGCGUUCCGUCUUUGCCAAUCAAGUGGGCGGAGGAGGGUUACAUAGUGGUCGCGAUUGAACAAAAGGCGCUGGAAAAAGACGCGAAGAGCACACUGAGCCUCGCAACAAAGGCUUUGAGAGAUUGCAAUAAGUGUGAGCCAAAGGACGUGAUAGGCCUCAUCGCAUACGAGCCUGUAAUGUGGAACUCGGUGGCAUCUCACGUUUCUAGUAUCCCCCAAGUUGUAGGUGCCGUCGUCUACGCAAACAUUUCGGACAAGUCGUCUCUAGCUCCAUCGCCUGUGCCAGUAGCCUUUCACUUCGCCGGCAAGUCUGUCGGGGAGAUUGAGCGAACGAGUACUCGGAUGGAGUAUUACUAUCCGGGGGCCCUGUCAUAUAAGUUUGCGACCCCCUUUCAGGAACACUUCCAUUACAACACCGAGUCUCUGUCACAUACGCGCAACCUUACCCUGCUCAAGGGCCAGAUGAAGAGCCCAAUCUUCGACUUGGAGUCGAUUUGGGAUGAGCACACGUGGUACGAGUUUGCUGAUAGGUCGGUUGAACACACCAUGAGCACAAUGGUUCAGGAGCCAUAUGUGAAUCAUAUUCCAACGUUGACCGGGGGUGUCGGACGAGAACCGCUGACCGGAUUCUACCGACAUAACUUCAUAUUCAACAACUCGGCAGACACCGAACUCGAGCUAAUCAGCCGAACGAUUGGCAUUGAUCGUGUCGUAGAUGAGUUCAUCUUCAAGUUCACCCACGAGCAAGAGAUAGACUGGCUAGAGAAUGGCUACUUCCAACCUGAUGAUACGCCCUACGCCACGGUUACCCUCCCAAUCGGCUCGAGCAACGAGGCCCGUUGGGUCCCGGACUCUCACCGGGCGGCGAAGGAAUUGGAGUCUUUAUUUCCGUCUCUAGUCCAGGCGUCCCCCGGAACGAUCAAAAUGGAGCAGUCCCUUCUCACUGCACUCACGGCAACUCACCACCUCGGCGUAACACGCUCCAGGGUCAUGUGCUGGCCGGACCUUGAAGAGCACCUGGACGAGUCUACUUUGCAUGCUCAUCUCGAACUCCCGAACCCGGACACUCCGCUCUUGAUUGUACUCCUGGACACGGGCUUUCCUCAUCGUACCAUGAUCCGCAAUCGAUACAUGGCCAUCGACGAAUACCGACAACGACAUCCCGCCUCGAAGGUGCAAGUCUACCCAACGCAGCAUGAAGCCGAAGCCGAUGGACAGAAGCUCCCCGACAUUCGCGCCCUAGAUACAGUCUCUCUGACCAAUGGACACUGGCGUCCCAAGACCUGCUACGGGGACGAAGAGUGCGCGCUGCUGGCUAUGGCCGACUUUCCGAAGCGUUCGUGGAGCGGGUGCUCCGGGCAUACCGGCGCCAAAACGAAACCCCAGUUGAGAUGCCGUCAAUCUCAUCAACCGACCCUCACAGCUCAAGCCGAGUCCGACAAGGAGCCUUGGUUUCAUCAAGAAUUCGUCGAAUUUCUAUCCACGAUGGAGUUUCGUGUCUUCAUUACCACUCGCCCCAGUUCCGAUGGACUCCGCGGCCGAAAGGGCCAUGUUCUCCGCGUUUGCCUCACUCGGGUCUCGGAUGUUGGUGCCACGGAAGCGAUGAGUCCGACCGAGACUGAUUAUGCUGCCUGCGGAUUCUCCAGCAACGACAUCUGCAGCUUCGCACUUCAAUGUUUCGAAUCAUUGAGGACACUCCAAAGUGAAGAGCUGGCGUCUUUGGAAGUGGGCUGCCGUCUCGAUAUCGGUGCCGAUAAGCCUGGUGGACGUCUUUUCGUCAACGAGAUUACAAGAUGGAGUGGCGCUCACUAUUACUCCCACAAGUGCUCGCCAGACUCACAGGAUUCGAUUUGUGAGGGAUUUGCUGUGGCUUUUGUUGACUGGUUCCUGAGACCGUAUAUUGCUACGAAGGAUAUAUGUACUGGUAACGGUGGCUGGGAGGGUGUGGGCAAGGACUUGGGUGGUCCACGUCUGUAG